UGUAUUUUUGUUCUUUCAUAGACAAGCAGUCGUUCUGCAGGUAAUGGAGCUCUACGGGGGAACAAGCAACAAGCUGCAGUGAUACUUGGUGCAGAGGAUGACCCAGACGCUUGGAGACAGAAACGGAAGAAGCCGUCAGAAGUGUCUGAAGCUGUAGAACGUGCAAGGCGGAGAAGAGAAGAGGAAGAACGGCGAAUGGAAGAACAGCGUCUUGCUGCUUGUGCUGAAAAACUUAAGCGUCUCAAUGAAAAACACAGGCAGACAAAUGAGGGCAAGCUUGCCCCUUCUCAAACUACUAACGAUGAAGAAGAGGCCGGCACAGAGGAAUCCUUACCAGCUUGUGCAUCCAGUCCUUCACCUUCAGUUACAGUUUCACAGUCACAGGCUCCAGUCAAGCCAGAAUGUUUACCUGACAGAAUUAAUCAAGAAAGGGAAAGUUUGGAGCAAGAACCAGAGAGCGCUACUGAAGAUGAAGUUCUUCUCGCUCACUUGCCAAGCUGCCCUGCUUUGAGACCUGGAACUUUGGAGUCGCAGGGCGAAGGAGAGCCCCCCUUAAUUAAACCUAAUCAGAUGGAUGUGGAGGAAAGCCAAACUGAUGGAAAAACAUCAGCCCCCAUCUGUGACUACUUCAAAGUGGAUGAUAAUAGAGUGGACGAGGCCCACCUGUCUCUGCCACACCAGGAAACCCCAAGUGGUGAAGAAAUCCCCCCACAACUAGAAGAAGAAGCUGCCUCUGCUAUGCGUCCAUCUCUCAUCUCAGGCUAUUCUAAACAAUUUCAAAAAUCACUGCCUCCCCGUUUCCUUAGACAACAGGAGCAAAUGAAGCAACAGCAAUGGCAACAACAACAAGGUGGGAGCACUGUGAUACCCCCAGGUGGUGGAAAUGUUCCAGCCACCCAGCAACAGCAGCAACACCGUUCCAUGUAUCAACCCAUGGGCCCCCAUCACCAGCACUUGGCCUCGAUGGGGUUUGACCCUCGCUGGCUGAUGAUGCAGUCGUAUAUGGACCCCCGCAUGAUGUCAGGUCGCCCCCCACUGGACAUGCCAGCUAAUAUGCACCCAGGGAGAAUCCCUUCGAAGCAAAUAGUGCGAAGAGAACCAGCUGACAACUCCAGUUCAAGUUCAGACUCAUUUGACCUCUUGACUCGACCGGUUCGUGAUCAUGGCUUGCACUCUGACUCACGGAUGGUGUGGGGAUCUGACCCUUACCCACAGACUGAGCCAUUACCGUCUGUUACUCCCCCAAAAGGACGAGAUGACAACAAGGAACCAAGAGUGAGCUGUAGUUUGGAUCUGGACAGAGGUAUUUCAAAUCUCUAUAAUCGAGAUUGCAACACUCCGGAGUCUCACAAGAACGACUUUUUUCAGGACCCUUCAGAGCAUUUGCAACCAUUUACACAAGACCCAGAGAAUGCUUUAGAAAGGGUCUCAAGCUGUUCAAACUUUGAUCAAGAGGGGUCAGACUUACCACAAGGAGAAGUGGACGUGCUUGAUAAAGUCACUCUCCAGAGCUGUAUCUCACAGGGCUCUAGCCAUUCCCUUAAGAUAGCUGAAUCCAGGUUUGAUGGGUUACCUAUAGCAGCAAAAUCAUUUGAGCUACAGGAUGCUGGAGAACUGAGUGAUAAACGCCAGAGUGAAUUCUGUGCUCAGUCAACUUUGACCAGCAACAGUGCUACAUCUCCUAUUGAUGGAUUACACAAACAAGAAAAGCUGCACCUGCCAACUCCUAGUAAGCAAAAAGCAGAGCUUCGUUGGGUUGGAAGAUCGGGGAUUGGACGCAGAGAAGGACUAGGAGGGGAGAGGCCAAUUCGUAGGUCAGGGCCAAUAAAAAAACCUGUCCUUAGAGAUAUGAAGGAGGAGAGGGAGCAAAGAGAAGAAAGAGAGAAACGUAUUGAAAGAGGGGAACGAGGAGAUCGGUUGAAAAAAGACCAGUCAUCCAAAGUUACUACUGCUGCUUCUGCUGCUGUGUCAGAAGGCUCAAAGUCUCAUGGGGAAAGCAAGAAAGAAUCUAAAGAGAUAGAAGAAAUUCAAACUUCCAAUCCAAGAGGCAGAGACUCUCAGCUCUCCUCUGGAGUGCCUACAUCUUCCUCCCAAGAGGAGAAAGUGGACAAACUCCCUAGUGCUGACAAGCAUCCAGAACCAAAUUUGGCUUCUCGGAAAGAGUCCUCUCUGUCUUCACGGGUUUGCAAGCGAGAGGAAAGAGAGAGGGAUCGGGACAGAAAUAGGGAGAAGGACAUGGAAAAGGAAAGGGAGAGAGAGUGGCCUACUGACUCCAGUUUCAAAGGGCGUGGCAGAGGAGAAUAUUAUUCCAGAGGACGGAGCUAUCGAGGAUCUUAUAGCGGUCGAGGCAGAGGGAGCCGGGGGCGAAGUCGAGCAGAGUUCUCCUACCGGGAGGCCAGAUUACGCUCAGAUCUCCCUUCUGCUGGAGGUGCUGCUGCCUUUCGCAACAGGGAGGAAAGUGAAACCCGUAGUGAAAGCUCAGAUUUUGAAGUCAUACCAAAACGAAGAAGGCGCCGUGGUUCUGAUACGGACUCUGAAAGUGAGGGAGGACGGGAGUCUGCCAGUGACACUGGACCCUCUGACCGUGAGCCUAGCACCAAACCUAGUUGUCUAUUGAGGAGAGACCUUCCCAUUGAUGGUCGUUCUGUCUGUCACAAACCUGGCUUUGGAAUGCCCCACAUGGGAGAAAAGUUUGGGGUUAGAGGUGAAGACGAAAGCAGGUCCAAACCAGGAUUUCUUCCAAAAGGAGAACCUUCUCGCAGAGGAAGAGGUGGAUUAUACAAUAGACGAGGUGGAACAAGGGAAAGGGGAGCCCCUCGGUCAGCCCCUCUCAGACGACCAAGAGAUUGCUCUUUCCAGUGGCCCUCUAAACCAAUGGAAACAUUCAAGCCUGAGGAUGCCGAUUCUUUAACAAAACAUGACAAUAACACUGACAGACGGCCGCCUAAAACAGAUGGCAAGAAAUUAGAAGGUGUUUCUCAGGGUAGUAGAGAAAGGCCCCGUAGAGCCAGACCAGCCAGGCCCCCUAGACAGGAUAAGCCUCCUCGCUUUAGACGUUUGAAAGAGCGUGAGGCAGCGGUGAUGGCUACUUGUGAGGCAACAAAAAGUCCAUCUACCUCUUCUGUACCUGCUGUAGGUGAGCCAAGUUUAACCCUAAUUCCUGUUUCCCCAACCAUGUCUCGAGCUGCAGGAGCUCCCCCACUUGUUCCUACCGACUUAGUCACAGCUGUACCUGACCACCCUUCUCCUUUAGAAGCAUCCCUACCCGAGACCAGCUGUCCUGCCACUGGGGCAGUAGGUACCAAGUCCCCCGACUUGUCAAACCAGAAUUCCUCUGACCAAGCAAAUGAGGAAUGGGAAACUGCUUCUGAGAGUAGUGAUUUCAAUGAAAGGAGAGAGCGAGAAGAAAAGAAAGGAGCUCCAGAAACUACCAAUGAAGUAACUACAGCCUCCACUCCAGUACUUGCAUCUCCCCUAGUCACCAUGACUCCCAAUAAAAACCUCACAGAUGGAGGUGUAACUCAAAAACGUGAAGGAUCCCAAACAGCCAAGAGAAGUUUCUCAAGCCAGAGACCUACAGAAAGGCAGAAUCGAAGAGGCAACAGUGGAGCGAAACCAGGUCGUAGUUACGCUGGAGGUAAAGGAGAAAGGAGAGGAGGAGCUACAGCUGGUAGAAAGGGCCCUACAGCCCAGCAGAGCACUGAUGCACCGGCAGCUGGAGGAACAGCCCAGAAACUUGCUAAAGACCAGCCUGCCCGUUGCAAAGACGAGAGCAAACUGGCCACCAAGAAACCCAAGGAGAAUGCGCUUUCCCAGUUUGACCUCAACAACUAUGCCAGUGUUGUGAUUAUCGAUGAUCACCCAGAAGUUACUACAGAUGACCCCCAGUCCAGCACCAAUGACGAUGGCUUCACAGAGGUUGUGUCCCGCAAGCAACAGAAACGCCUGCAGGAUGAGGAGAAACGAAAAAAAGAAGAGCAGAUUACUCAGAACUGGAGUAAAAAAGGCCCUGGUGAAAAGAGCAGAGGAAGUGGAGGAAAACUGCCUCCAAGAUUUGCCAAAAAACAGUCAUCACAACAGCAACAUCAGCAACACCAACUGCUGUCACAGGCUUCACAGUCUCAGCCUCCUGUAAUUGCUCCCCCAACUUCCCAGCUACAUUCUCACUCUGCCCCCUCCCAGCCCACUUUGUCUCCUCAAGCCCUGGAAGGAACCACGGCUCCCAUGUCAUCCAUCCCGUCUGGCACUGUUGAAGUAGCCUCAAAAAGCCUUCCCCUGGCCCCCACGCAGGCCCACAGUACUUUGGGCACAGAGCUGUGGGAAAACAAAGUCGCAGGCUCUUCAGUCCUUCCUGAUGUCAAGAAACUUGGUCUCAUCAGCCCUCUGCAGCCACCAUCAGUGAGUGCUUGGAACAAACCUCUAACCUCAUUUACUACUGGUCCUUCUCCUGAGGGUAUAAAGCCUGGAGCUGACGCCAGUCCAGAUUUGGGAAUAGACACCAUUCAGUUUGGAGCACCAUCAUCUGCAGGCAGCACUGACAGCGAUGGAGGUCCAGCAUUGUUAGAAAGUGGUACUGAAAACAAACUGCCUGCUCCCAAAGAACAAAGACAGAAACAAACUCGAGCCGGUCCGAUCAAAACACAGAAGCUGCCUGAAAUGGAACCAGUAGAAACCAAGGAGUACAAACCAGGUCCUAUUGGUAAAGAACGCUCCUUAAAAAAUCGCAAGGCCAAAGAUGCUCGUGGACCCGAGGGAGAAGUGAUGGAGGGGGGGGUUUCAGCUGGAAGUGCCAACAGAACUGCUGACUCCAGUCCUCCUUCCAGUGACACUGCAGUACCUGAACGGGGAGGAGACAUGGAGGGAAUGAUUACAGUACCUUCAGCAGAGUACAACACUAACUCUAAGGAAUCUGUAAUGGACUAUACCACGCCCUCCUCCUCCCUAGCUGACAGUGUUCCCACUGGAGGGAACAAAAUGGAGGAGAGCUUAGUGGCUAAUGUGGCUCUUCCUCAUUCCUUGCCUCUUCCUCACCGAGAACCCUUGCAACAGAGCUCCAGCCUCAGCACAGUUUCCACGGCCACUGCUGAUUUAACAUUAAAGAUGGAGUCGGCCCGUAAAGCUUGGGAAAACUCCCCAAGUCUGGAAAAGAAUUCUCCCGUCACCUCCUCGUCUUCUCCCAUCACCUCCUGUGCGUCGUCGUACUCUUUCUCCGCUACUUCCAUGCCACAAAUCCCUGUGGCUUCCGUAACUCCGAGCACCUCUCUGCAAGCAGGUUCAGGUACCUACACGACGUCAUCCCUCAGCACCAAGACCACCUCUGCCUCCGACCCCCCAAACAUCUGCAAGGUGAAGCCACAGCAACUUCAGGGUGGAAGUCUAACAGCCUCUACCAGUAGCACCAACAGCACCAGCAACUUCUCCCAGCUCAGCUGUGUGCCUCCCCUCCUUCCGCAGCAGCAGACCCCACAGGUCUACGUCUCUCAGUCUGCAGCAGGUUCUGCAGCUCAAAUUCCAGCAUUUUACAUGGACACCAGCCACCUCUUCAGCACCCCUCAUCCUCGUUUAGGCCCUCCUUCUCUAGCGCAGCAGCAAGGCUUCCAGCCGGGCCUCUCACAGCCGACUGCGGUGCAGCAGAUUCCCAUCCCCAUCUAUGCGUCGAUGCAGGGUCAGCCCCAGCACACACACCAGGCUCAACUGGGGCUCACCACUGGGCCGCCUGUGUCUCAACCACAGGACCUAUUCAGCUCCUCACUGCAGCCUUACAGGUCUCAGCAGGCAUUCAUGCAAAGCAGCUUGUCACAGCCCUCCAUGAUGCUGUCAGGGCCGUCCCUGCACAGCUAUCCUGGUGUGCAAGCCCCUGAUCUGGGAAAGGCACAGUCCAGCCUGGCCUAUCAGCAGCCUUCCUCCACUCAACACAUUCCCAUACUGUUUGAACCACAGCUCAAUCAGCCCUCUGGUAUGGGAGCAUCCCAGCUAAUGGACACACACCUGCUGCAGGCCCGACAGAGCAUCAGUCAACAUUCAAACUUGUACUCAGGACAAGUACAACAACAUGGACAAAGCAGCUAUUACAGCAGCACUCAAUCACCCAGUUCUGCAAUGCAGCAGGUAACAGUUCCUUUGCCAGGUUCCCAAUUGUCCCUGACAAACUUUGGUUCUGGUGGGGCCCAGGCCCUCUUGGCUCUGCCCCCCACCCCUCCUCAACCCCAGCCCCCCAGUAUCAAUCGACAUCCCCCAGCUUCUCAGCCAUACAGAGGGAUCAUGGGUCCUAACCACAGCCUGAUGCAACCUCCAAGCAGCAAGAUGGACAUGGAUCUGAAGCUCUUUGGCAGUGGGAUGGAUGUGAAACCUGGAACUCCUCCUGUCAGCGCAAGGAGCACAACACCCACCUCCAGCCCAUACAGGGCUUGCUCCUCCUCUCCCAGCAGUCAGUCCAGUAAACUGAACAACAUGCUGUACCAGAAGCAGUUCCAACCCAGCUCUGCUGGCCUCAGAAUGACGCAGCACUUUCCUGGACAAUUCAACCCACAGAUUUUACCUCAACCCAGUAUGGUCUCUCCUGUGGUGCGCCCUCCUCAUGCUACAUCCUAUGGAGGGGUAGUCCAGCGUUCUCCCAUGGGACCUUCGCUCAAUGUGAGUGCUGGUCUUAUGCCUCACCCUCGUCCCCAGAAUCCACAGCAUAGUCUACACCCACCCAGAGGCCCAUCUGGUCCUCUCCUUGCUGCCAGAGGCACACAGGCAGCUCUGAAAGCCGAGCAAGACCUGAAGGCCAAGCAGCGAGCAGAGGUGCUUCAGUCCACUCACAAGUUUUUCUCAGAACAGCAGCAGCAGCAAAUGAAGGCUCCUCAAGUUAGCAAACCUUCUCGACUCGACCAAGGAGGAAAGCCUGCACUUGACACAUCAGGCUCAAACCACCAGAUGGGAGGUGAUCGGUCUGAUGCUGACAAGUCCCCCAUAUCCACAAACAAGCCCAUUCGGACUGGCCCCAUUAAACCACAGUCCAUCAAACCAGAAGAGGGCAAAUAGAGAGCUGGAGGUCCCCUAGGACCACAAGAUGAAUCCAUGGAGAAAAUCUAUGCUUUUUUAGUCAUUUAUGUCUCUUAUUAUACCAGGAGAACAGUAGAAGAAUCAGGGUGGAAGCAAAAUAUGGCAACUGCAGACAGAAGGGGGAGGGUUGUUUAAGGUGGAUUUUUUUCAUGGCUAGAUACAAAUAAAAAAAAUGCACCACAAGUUGCUCCAUAAGAAUAACAAUAAAUAUGAAGUUCCAAGAGAACAUUUAAGAUUUGCUGCUGUCUCUGUUGGAACUCUUUUUUUUUCUUUUUUUUUUUUCUUCAAGUGGCAUCACAAAGAUUAAUGGAAAAGUUUCUGCUAAAAGCGACAAGUUCAAUUUUCCUUUAGGAGAUGUUAGUUUAACAGACUUGACCACAUUGCCCUUCCUCAUAAAUAAGAAUGUGCAUUGCUCCUGUUCCUGUGUGAUGCAUGUACUCGUACAUGCAGAUAUGAAAUGAGAAAUUCUCUCAUUUCAAAGAAAAUGGGACAAUAGAAGCAUUUGAUUGACAUUGGUGCGUCUACUUGUGAGCCAUUGCUCCUGCCUUUUGCUCUCAUAUCCUUGCCUGAGAUCUUCUGCUUGUCGGGUGUGCGUUUUUAAACGGCUCGUAACUCAACUCAUUUGUCUUAAGCCAAAGGGUUAACGUGAUGGCCUCCUCAAGCUGUGGUCAGACCUACGCUGAAGCAUUGGGAUGACUUCGAUGCUUCCAUGGAAGAUGUUGCAUCACUAUUUUACACUCAGUUCAGUAUUAGAGUUACACUCCCACCCACCUAGGUUUCACACCAAUCCGUUUUCACACCACCCCCGACUGGAUGAAGACCCAGACCUUCUGCUUCAAACUAUUUCAGUGCCCUUAGCUAGUAUUUUAUAGCAGGAUGGGCUGUUUAGACGACAAGAUACAGAGAGUUGAUAUCUUAAUAUCAAAAAGAAUCAUAUGUUUGAGUGUCUUUGCUGACGUAAAGGACAAAGAAAAAUCAGAAAUCUCAAGUCCUGAAGCAUUUUUAGGCUGGAGGACACUCGACUGUUGGGUUUUUACAAAGCAAUCUGUGCUGUUCUGUUGGCCUCUCCUCCGCUGGUCCUUUCCUACAACGCUCUCGUCUUAGGUCGCUGAUGAGGAACCUUCAGAAUUGUACAGUAGAUGCUGAGGUAUUCCCCUCACAUCUUCCCAAGCUGGGGAAGACUCCUUUGUAGGGAGUAUGACAGAGGAAGAGUGGGCGUAAUAACCUAUUGAUUUUUUUUUUUUUGUUGUACAGGGGUUUCAUCACUGUAUUAAAAUAUGUACUGUCUUAUUUACAUUCUCUUGGUUUGGUUACAGAAACUAAUUAAAAAAUAACUGUUACAUUU